AUGUAUGGAAAUAUCUUUUUUCUUCUCAGUGUCUUUAACGGUCUCCCUUUCGCCGUGUGCCAAAGCUUCGACUGCCACGAUGACCCCUCAUUCGAGCCCGAGGAGGGACCCUUGACGGACCUCCAGUUCAGCUGGCUGGGGGCUCUGCAGUACAUCCACGUGAAAGAGGGCACUCCCCACUAUUUCAGAGUGCCGCGUGCCUCCCUCAUCGCCAGGCAGUUCGCGAUCUCGACAGCGAAGGAUGCUGCACAGGUUCCUGACGGAUACGCGCUGGGCAACGUGGUGUUCGGGGAAUACGAAAGGGACGAGAACGAGUGCAAGGUCUCGCUGGAGGACAUCGCUGAAGGUCACCGAUGCGACCCGGCGGUACUCCUGAUGCCCAUAGCGGACGUGCUCCUACACCCUGAGUACAAGCACUUCGGAAUCAAGACCAGCGUCGCGCUGCUAAAACUGCUGACGCCCGUCAAAUCUAGGUAUAUGCUGCCAGCGUGCUUACCUUACAAGAACUUUAUAUCGAGAAACGGGAAAGAAGUCAAUGGAUUAAUAAUUUAUGUGGAUUUUAUCAGUGAGGUUCCCCGGGAUUUCAUUGAGGAGGAAAAAGAAGUACUGUAUUUGCAUAAAAUCGAUACCAGACAAUGUUUGACAGAUUCCAAAGAAGUGAAAACGAUAAGACUCCCCGACAAUAGGUACAUCUGUACCACUGGAUGCGACUUACAAUCUGGUGCUCCGAGUGUCAUCCACGAGCACACCGGCCAUUGGAACAUCUUCGCGCUCUCCGAAGGUAGCUCGCCGUGCCCGGAUCCGUUGCGCUCCCGUGGUCCGAUGCCACCAUCCCGCCACAUACUCCUGCACCCUUACGUGCCCUGGAUCACCACCGCCAUCUCCGGGAAGCCCGUGGGCUCCUUCUCAAAGGACGAUCCCUUCGGUUACAUAAUGCCGCGUGCGUUCACGUUCCCCAAGCGGAUCAGAGGCUGGGUCGGGCGCUGGUGGCUGGGCGGGGUCCGCUGCUACGACCGGGGCGAUGCCGCCGCUGACAUAUACCGAUUCUACCACGAGAUCUUCGAGAUCCACCCCGACACAACAUCUGGCGCCCAGUUGACCUACUACCUGGAGAUCAACUCGGCGUACUCUUUGUACAUAGUGUGCGUGAAGGUCGGAAUGCCCUUUCAGAUCAGGAACCCGAUGGUGUGGGGCAUCAACACGCUGUCUGUGAAGCUGCGCAUACCGUUGCUCACGGUGAAGAAGAUGUACAGGAUCGUUGUCGAGGCUUGGUGCAACAACGGGACGGCUCCGAUGGACGAGGAAGCGGACACGGAUGAAGUCGUGGACGAUUCAAGCUCCUCGGACACGGACUCCGACGAGUUCGUAGGCUACGACGAGGAGCUGGGCAAGAUGGGGAGGCCGAGGGGCAAGAAGAAGGAGAAAGGGAAGGACAAAGGCGGGAAGGGCAAGAAGGAGAAAGAGAUGCCGGAUAAGAAAGAGGACAGCGAUCUCGACGACCGGUUCACGCCACCCGACCAACGUUCAAAUAAGACCGCCUCAAAGCAAAAGAAC